AUGAUCUCGUGUGCUGAGCAGUGAAGCCGGCAGGGAGAGGCCGGCAGAGGCCCGGCUCCGGUGGCGCAGGCUCCGGCUUCCCUCCUGCUCUGGCUCCCCUGGGGCUGCUCUGGAAUUCUCUCGGUGCCCACUGUUGCCAUGCACUCAGCUGGGCCUCAUGGCGCUGAGUCACCCAUGAGCAGGCAGGAAGAGAAAGAUGCAGAGCUGGAUCGGAGGAUAGUGGCCCUUCGAAAGAAGAACCAGGCCUUACUCCGCAGGCACCAGGAGAUCCAGGAAGACCGUCGGCAGGCGGAGCAGGGGGGCAUGGCUGUGACGGCGCGGGAAUUCCUCCGACCCGAUGGCCUCACUGUCACUAUCAGCCAGGUUCCCGGUGAGAAGCGGGUGGUCAGCCGGAACUGGGUGAGAUCCCUUGGACCUGGAGCAGCCAAUGCAAUGCGUGAGGAUGAGGAGGUAGAAGAUCACUCUGGUACUUUCUGCCUGGGGGACCGGGUGGAGCUGGCUGUGACCAUGGAGAACAAAGCUGAGGCCAAGCGGAUUGUAAGUGAGAAGCCCAGCAGAGCAAGGAACCAGGGGGCAGGAGGGUCACCUGGAGGGGGCUUGGGCUGGACCCCCUCCAUGCAGAUGGCCGUCAGCUCGGAUUCGGCAUGGAAGGGUGCUCGGGAGCCCCAGAGUCCAGGCCGGGUCCCAGGCCCGGCUCCCCGCCGGCCAGCCGGGGGACCCCUGGAGGUUGGCUGGGACUAUGCCCAGUGGAAGCAGGAGCGGGAACAGAUCGACCUGGCCCGUGUGGCCAGGCACAGAGAUGCACAGGGUGACUGGCGCCGCCCAUGGGACCUGGACAAGGCCAAGCCCACGCUACAGGACUCCAGCAAGCCUCGGGAAGAGGGCCCGGCCAGGGCGGGCGGCACCAGGGGUCCCAGGAGCCACCGGAAGCUCCAGUCCUCACUCUUAUCCCCUGAUGGUAAAGGUGGUACUCCUCGGGGUGAGCAAUCCAGCAGAUCCUCAGUGGUGUCUGCCACACGAAGCAAAGCCCGGGGGACAGAGAGGCUGACUGGCAGGGCCCGCAGGUGGGAGACGAAGGAAGGCAAGGAGGAGCUGGAGAGCCAGGAGGGAAGCCAAAGUACCAGAAAGACUCGGAGCGAGGAGGAACAUUCACAGAAGCAGAGCAAGCCGGAGUUGGGCAGACCCACAAGUGCCCCAGCAACCAGCCCAGCCCCAGUAUCCCCAGAGGGGCCAAAAAGGGAGGCAGGAGCCUCAAUAGCCAGUCCAGAACCUGCCCCUCCACAAAACGCCGACUUGGUUCCCCUUGACCUUUCUCUGGGAGGGGCCAAUAGCCCUGGGCCUGGGGAGAGUGUGUGCGUGCUUCCUCCAAGGCCUGGAGCCCAGGAGAACCCUGCACCCCUGCAGGAUGGUUCUGAGCAGCUCCCGGGGUGCAAUGACCCCCAGGCUGAGCUGGAAGUACAGACUUGCUCCAAGCCACAAGGAGGAGCAGGGCCCCUAGAGCCCAGAGAACACAGGGCUGGCAAGGCAGGGGCCCAGCCGGGCUUGGCACAACGGAGCAGGCCCGCCAGGGGAAUGGGCCGAAGAGCAAGGGGCACAGGAGGUGUGGGAAGCAUGCCAGGGGGUCAGGGCCCUGCGGGAAGAUGCUGA